AGCGGCUUCCAAACCGGAAGUCACGAGUCCCCGAGAAGCCUAGUGGCUCGAGGGAUGCAUGUACGUUUCUAGCCUCCUCUCCUUGUCUCUCCCUGACGCUACUGCGCAUACUCGGAACGCCGCAGCGGGGAGGAGGUGGGGUAAAAUGGCGGACGGCAAAGAAGGAGAUGUGAAGCUGAAGCGACCGCUUCUUGACGGAGGACCUGAAGAAGAGGCAGAAAAACCUGUGAAAACUAAGACUGUUUCUUCCAGUAAUGGAGGGGAAAGUUCGAGUCACAGUGUGGAGAAGCAGGCGGCUGAUGAAGAAACUGACGACUCCGACACAAAGCCUGCUCCUGCCAAAAUGUCCAAGUUUGGGUUUGCCAUUGGCACACAGAUUGCAAAGAAACCACCUGCAAUAUCCAUCAAACUUGGAGCAAAUAAACCUAAAGAGCCUACUCCAACUCUAGCUCCAAAAACGCUUUCUGUAGCAUCAAUCUUCAACGAAGAUGAAGAUAGUGAACCUGAAGAGAUGCCUCCAGAAGCUAAAAUGCGCAUGAAGAAUAUUGGAAGGGAUACUCCAACUUCAGCAGGACCAAAUUCUUUCAACAAAGGAAAGCAUGGGUUUUCUGACAACCAGAAGCUGUGGGAACGGAACAUGAAAUCUCACCUUGGAAAUGUCCGCGAACAUGAUGACUAGUUGUGUAUUGAGAUCUGGAUGUUGGGAAGGGGGGAAUGGGAGGAUAUGAUCUUAAAGGAAGUUUCCUUUUUUUAGAGUGGUAUAAGGCUAUUUUGGGUGCCACUUUUAAAAGUUUCUAAGUGGUGCACAAAAAAACUGAGUUUAAAAGUAGAGGUAAUUUAUGUUUUGUAUACAGAUUUCAAAGCAUUUGCUAAUUUUGUAGCUUCGUGCAAUUAAUUUCACAAGGUUAUGGAAAAUAAAGACAUUGGAAGUGGUACCUUUUUAAGAAUUUUCUUUUACAACUAUUCUUGUAUGAAAAGAGGAAAGGUUACUGUCUCUUUAAUCAGUUUAAGUUAAAUGCUACUGCGCUCAAGACUUCCAACUCCUCCUUUGUAAUAAAUGAAUUGCUAGUCUCUUUAAGGCUACUUUUAUAGAAGGGAAACACCAUGCUAUACAUCAAGUGUGCUAGACUUUGGCAUUGUGGUCAGCAUAAAACCUAAAGGGGCAACUGCAAAAAGUUAUUUAGUAUGUUAAACCUCCAUAAACUAGGAUUUCUGGCUGUGGUAGUUUAGCUCUAUAAUCUUGUUUUGAAACUUUGUAUAAUCUCUCUGCGGCCUGUUCCACUCUUAGAGAUGGGUCUUACAUGUGUAGUCUAACAAAGGUAAAUUAGUAUUUUUGACGUUUUCUUAAUCAUGAGUCUUGACCAGUGCCUGUUAAUGUUCCUUUGUCAAUUUGAGACUGAAAGAUUAUCAACACAAAAAGGCAUUGCCAAAUGAUUAUUUUUUAUCAUGUUUUAGUUUUGUUUCAAUAUUUCCCAGUAUCUCUUAAGAGGAAAAAGCCAAACACAAAUAAACCAGUAGCUGCUUACUGAGGUGCAGAAAUUAGAAGUGUGCUUCCAUAUUUUGGUUUAUAACUCUAGUUUGGACACUAGAAGAACUUUAUCUUGUAUUUUUAUUUAAGGGACGCACUCGUGGUUAAAGACAACAUUUUAAUCUACAUUGGUAUUGCUAUUAAAUAGUAACUGAUAGAACAUAAAUGUAACUUUUCAUUUUUAUCCCCAGCUGUUUUACACUUAGUAUUGCUGAAACAAUGUUGAUAGCUAAUUUCUUUCAGCAGUAGAGUUUGACAGUAGACACUGUCAAUUCUGAUAGCGCUAAUCUACAUAGGUGCUUUUAUAAAACACAUGAGGUCUUUUCAGAAGGAUUAAGAUGUUUAGGUAGUGCUGGGAUUAGGUAAUAUCAACACAGUUGACAGAUCUAGUUAAAUUAGAUAAACACUUCUGAAGCAUUAUAUAGGUCUAAAUUGCCAGCUUUCAGGGUGUAGAAUUAGUUUGAAUGUCAUGAGCAUAUUUCAGAUCACCUACCAUCUGUUAAUCAACCUCAUUGUGCUAAAGUUGAGGGUAUCUAGUGGGGAAAAAUUGCAUCGACAAGUUUUCAUUUUACAUUUCAGAAGAGUUUUGACGUGUAGACUUCUGUGUGUAAGUUCUAAACAUUUUUGUAUUUGUAUGUGGAGUUUUGUCUGCAGUUAAAUACCUGUAACUUAUAUUUUCUUUAAAGGCUUUGUUGCAAACAAGAUAUGUAAAAAGUUAUUUCUGUAGAGCUUCAGUUGUUUGAUUACUUGUGAAAGUUCAAGUUUUAAAAAAAACAAAACAUACACACCAGAUUUCUUGGAUCCUUGUUAUUGAAGCCAGUGGCACAAAGCCCUUAAAUAACAAUUAUGCAGGCAAAAGGGGUUCUUACUACUAACAAUUUACAGACCUAAAAAAAACCUCUUCAUGCUAUUAGUUCCUUUAUAAAACUUGUGGGUGAGCAGUGGCCUGGAUUUUUCAAUUCUAGGCCCUUAUUCUGUACUAAUUUUAAUGUGUGUUUGUUUUCAGUAUCCUCCCCACCCUAAAUAAGCAAAACAGUGAAAAAGUACAUGAAUCCUAUACUCCAAGCCUAAAAUAUGCUAACUUCUUGAAGUUUCACAAGAACCUUUUGAAGCAGAAAGGAAGGGUUUUGAGUAUUUGUCAUGAUUUAUUUCUAAAAUUGGGAAAGAAAUGGUGGGAACCAAAAGGUGUAAUGUAUUCAUAUAUAUUUUUUGAGCUUUGCUUGUUCUGAUGCUGUGUAAUCUAGCCAUGAACUCUAGCUGCUGAGGCUAGUGUGUUUAAGUAUAAAAAACUUGUCAAGUAAAA